AUGAUGCGAGAGGGGCGACACCAUGACGGCGGCAAGGACCCUGAACCGACCACUCAACCCACCGUACAGAUACUCUGUGAAUUUUUCUUGAAAGGAAACCUGCCGAUCUCCGACCUCAACGCUCUUUGCUAUGGAGAGUCUGCCGCGGAACAGCUUUCAGAGCUCACCGACGCAAAAUAUCACCUGCAGCCAACCAAGACCCAUCUGUCGCCGGGCUACGGCUACGGAUACACGCAGGGCGCGAACCACCACAUCUUCAGGAUCCUUGCCGGAACCUCCCCCCUGAAGCGAUGCUUUCAGCUUCCCACGACGGACCGCAACGAGCUAAGCCUGUCGGGUGUCGCUGCUGACAUCCGAGAUAUCAAGUUCCGAUACCGAAAGGCCCCCUUGGCCAUCUCCCCUUCAAACAGCAAAGGAUCUCCCGCAAGAGGCAGUUACAAGGGAAGCUCUCCUCGGUCCCUCCACCCCCUCGCCUACGAUGCACAACAGAGAAUGAAUGACCUGCAAUGCAACCGCCCAUCGUAUCGUGAGCAGCAUCUCAUCUCUGGCGGUGCCGCCUUUCAGAUGCGCCGUGCGCUAGAGGAGCGCUCUGUGGCGUUAGAUGGGGCCAAACCCCAUGGAAGCUAUUCGACGUCGCCCACGUCACUCUUGUUCCAGGUCUUUCGGUCUGCCCCGAACAAGGAGCAAGUCAAAUUUGAAAACCUUGAUUGCAGAGCAAAUUGA